AUGACUACGCAGUAUCUCCCCCUGGGCUCCGAGUCCUCGUAUGACUACAUCAUUGUCGGUGGUGGCACGGCUGGCUGUGUCAUUGCCUCUCGCCUCUCCAGCUAUCUUCCUGAGCGCAAAGUGCUCUUGAUCGAAGCUGGCCCUUCCGACUUCAACCUUAACAAUGUUCUCGAUCUCCGUCAAUGGCUCACUUUGCUGGGCGGCGACCUCGACUACGAUUACGGCACUGUUGAGCAACCCAUGGGCAACUCAUACAUCCGCCACUCUCGCGCCAAGGUUCUCGGUGGUUGCUCUUCUCACAACACACUGAUCUCUUUCCGGCCCUUCCGCCAUGACAUGGACCGCUGGGUUGAACAGGGCUGCAAAGGCUGGACCUUUGAAAACAUGAUGCGCCAUGCUGAUAACUUGCGCAACACGUUCCAACCCGUCCACGCCCGCCAUCGCAACCAGCUUUGCAAGGAUUGGGUCAAGGCUUGCUCCGAUGCCUACAAUAUUCCAAUCAUCCCCGACUUCAACGAGGAGAUUCGAACGAAGGGCCAGCUCACGCAAGGCGCUGGUUUCUUCUCCAUUUCUUACAACCCAGACAACGGCUACCGUAGUAGCGCUUCCGUCGCUUACAUUCACCCGAUCCUCCGAGGUGAAGAGCGCCGCCCCAACUUGACCGUCCUCACCAAAGCCUGGGUCAAUAAGAUCGUUGUCGAGAAUGACGUCGCCACCGGCGUGUAUAUUAUUUCGAACGGCCAGAAAUUGCUCCUAAAGCCUCGCAAGGAGAUCAUUCUUUCGGCUGGUGCCGUUGACACCCCGCGUCUCAUGCUCCACUCCGGCUUGGGACCCCGCGCCCAACUGGAGAGCUUGGGUCUUGAUGUUGUAAAGGACAUUCCCGGCGUUGGAGAAAAUUUGAUUGAUCAUCCUGAGACUAUCAUCAUGUGGGAGCUCAAGAAGCCCGUACCUCCCAACCAGACCACCAUGGACUCAGACGCUGGAGUCUUUCUUCGCCGCGAGCCAACGAACGCGGCAGGUCAUGAUGGUGAUGCUGCUGACAUCAUGAUGCACUGCUAUCAGAUCCCGUUCUGCCUGAACACAGAGCGUUUGGGUUAUCCCGUCAUCCAGGAUGGCUAUGCAUUCUGUAUGACCCCCAACAUUCCUCGUGCUCGCUCUCGUGGUCGAGUUUACCUCACCUCAGCCGACCCGGCUGUUAAGCCUGCGCUUGAUUUCCGCUACUUCACUGACCCUGAGGGUUAUGAUGCCGCAACCCUAGUUGAAGGGAUCAAAGCAGCCCGAAAGAUCGCACAACAGAGCCCGUUCAAGGAAUGGCUUAAGGAGGAGGUGGCACCUGGCCCCAAGGUCCAGACUGAUGAGGAAAUUAGCGAGUAUGCUCGCCGUGUCGCUCAUACUGUCUACCACCCUGCUGGUACAACCAAGAUGGGUGAUGUUACCAAGGACAAGCUUGCCGUGGUUGACCCAGAGCUAAAGGUCCGUGGCAUCAAGAACCUGCGCAUUGCUGACGCGGGUAUUUUCCCUGAAAUGCCGACCAUCAACCCCAUGAUUACUGUUCUGUCCAUUGGUGAGCGUGCUGCUGAGAUGAUCGCCGCCGGGGAAGGAUGGAAGGCCGAUAACAAGCCCGCAAGGUUGUAA